AUGGCGAUCGAGAAGAAGCGCCCACUCCAAACCAGCAACAGCGCGAACAUAGCCCCAGCCCCAACUGAUGGCCAAGGCAAGACGAUCGAAGAGAUGUACCAGAAGAAGAGCCAGCUCGAGCACAUCUUGCUUCGACCCGACACGUACAUCGGGUCGAUCGAGAAGCACACCCAAAUCCUAUGGGUCUAUCAAAACGACGAGAUGGUUAACCGUUCCAUCAGCUACGUUCCCGGACUGUACAAGAUCUUCGAUGAGAUCCUCGUCAACGCCGCCGAUAAUAAACAGCGAGACUCGUCCAUGGACGCCGUGAAAGUCACCAUUGACGUCGAGCAGAACUGUAUAAGCGUCUACAAUAAUGGGGCUGGAGUGCCCGUGGAGAUUCACCAGGAGGAGAAGGUGUAUGUGCCGGAGUUGAUCUUCGGACACCUAUUGACCAGUAGCAAUUACGACGAUACAGAGAAGAAGACUACCGGUGGUCGCAACGGCUAUGGUGCCAAGCUUACGAACAUUUUCUCCACUGAGUUCAUCAUCGAGACUGCUGACGGAAAGCGACAGAAGAAGUACAAGCAGGUGUUCACUAACAACAUGGGGAAGAAAACUGAGCCAGUCAUCACCAAGUGCAAAGAGAGUGAGAACUGGACCCGGGUUACAUAUAAGCCUGACCUAUCGAAGUUUAACAUGACCCAUCUGGAAGAUGACGUGGUUGCAUUGAUGAAAAAGAGAGUGAUUGACUUGGCUGGAUGCCUUGGAAAGACUGUGAAGGUUGAGCUGAAUGGAAAGAGGGUCCCUGUAAAGUCAUUUCUUGAUUAUGUUGACCUCUACUUACAAUCUGCCUGUAAAUCUAGAGAUACUCCCCUUCCAAGGAUGACAGAGAAAGUUAAUGAUAGGUGGGAGAUUUGUGUUAGUCUCAGUGACGGGCAGUUUCAACAGGUCAGCUUUGUGAAUGGAAUUGCAACAAUCAAGGGUGGAACUCAUGUUGAUUACGUCACAAAUCAAAUCACGAAUCAUGUGAUGAAUAUUGUGAAUAAGAAGAACAAGAAUGCCAACCUCAAAGCCCAUAAUGUGAAGAAUUAUCUAUGGGUCUUUGUCAAUGCUCUUAUUGACAACCCUGCAUUUGAUUCCCAAACAAAGGAAACUUUGACGAUUCGCCCAAAUAGUUUUGGAUCUAAAUGUGAACUUACACCAGCGUUCUUAACUAAAGUGGCAAAGUCUGGAAUUGUGGAUAGUCUUCUCUCUUGGGCAAAUUUUAAGCAGAACAAAGACCUGAAGAAAACUGAUGGGACAAAAACAGAGAGGGUUCAUAAUAUCAACAAGCUUGAGGAUGCUAACUUAGCUGGAGGGAAGAACUCUGAAAAGUGUACUUUGAUUUUGACAGAAGGGGAUUCAGCUAAGGCUCUUGCAAUGGCAGGGCUUGCUGUCGUAGGUAGGGAUCAUUACGGUGUUUUCCCAUUGAGAGGUAAACUGCUUAAUGUAAGAGAAGCUAGUGCCACUCAGGUCAGGGAUAAUGAGGAAAUUAAGAAUAUCAAGAGGAUUCUUGGACUGCAGCAAGAUAAAGAGUAUACCAGUCUUAAGUCCUUGAGAUAUGGUAGCCUGAUGAUUAUGACUGAUCAGGAUCAUGAUGGUUCCCACAUCAAAGGACUUCUGAUCAACUUCAUUCAUUCCUUCUGGCCAUCACUGCUUAAAAUUCCAUCUUUUUUGGUUGAGUUUAUAACUCCGAUUGUUAAGGCAACUCACAAAAAUGGGAGAUCACUUGCAUUUUACUCCAUGCCUGAGUAUGAGGCAUGGAAGGAAAGUUUGAGGGGCAAUGCAAGUGGCUGGUCCAUAAAGUAUUAUAAGGGGCUGGGAACAAGCACGUCUAAAGAAGGGAGGGACUAUUUUCAAAAUCUUGCCAUGCACAAGAAAGAUUUUAUUUGGAUAGAUGAGCGUGAUGGGGAGGCAAUUGAGCUUGCUUUCAGUAAGAAGAAAAUAGAAGAGAGGAAGAACUGGCUUCGGCAGUUCGAGCCUUCUGUACAUCUUGAUCAGAAGGAGAAGCUUAUAAAGUACAGUGACUUUGUUCACAAAGAGCUUAUACAGUUUUCCAUGGCCGAUCUGCAAAGGUCAAUUCCGUCAAUGGUUGAUGGCUUGAAGCCAGGUCAAAGGAAGAUUCUGUUCUGCUCCUUUAAGAGGAACUUUGUGAAGGAAGCAAAAGUUGCCCAGUUUUCUGGUUAUGUGUCUGAGCAUUCUGCCUACCACCAUGGUGAGCAGAGUCUUGCAAGUACUAUCAUUGGAAUGGCACAGGAUUAUGUGGGCAGCAAUAAUAUCAAUCUUCUUCAACCAAAUGGUCAAUUUGGUACCCGUAACUUGGGAGGCAAAGACCAUGCAAGUGCUCGUUAUAUAUAUACUCGGCUUUCUCCUAUUACAAGAUUCCUUUUCCCGAAGGAUGAUGACAGACUUCUUGACUACUUGAAUGAAGAUGGGCAAUCUAUUGAGCCAACUUGGUAUGUUCCAAUUAUACCAACAGUUUUAGUUAAUGGUAGUGAAGGAAUUGGGACGGGGUGGAGCUCUUACAUUCCUAAUUAUAAUCCAAGAGACAUUGUUGCAAAUGUAAGGCGCUUGCUUAAUGGUGAAGCAAUGGUGCCAAUGGAUCCCUGGUACAGAGGAUUUGCUGGAACUAUUGAGAAAACUGUCAAGGAAUCAGGUGUAAGCUACACCGUAUGUGGGGUCAUAGAGGAGGGCAAUGAGACAACAGUUAGGAUUUCGGAGUUGCCAAUCCGUAGGUGGACUCAAGAUUAUAAGGAAUUCCUUGAGUCUAUCUCACAAGGAAAUGACAAGGCCAAGGAUCCAUUCAUUGAGGGUUUCACACAGCACAGUGAUCACAGUACUGUAGAUAUCAUAGUCCACUUACCUGAAGAGAACCUAAUGGCUGCCAGGCAAGAGGGUUUGCUGAAGAAAUUUAAACUGACCACCAGCAUUAGCACAAGUAAUAUGCACCUGUUUGAUCCAAAAGGCGUGAUAAAGAAAUACGACACUCCAGAACAAAUUCUUGAGGAGUUUUUUCACCUAAGACUUGAAUUCUAUGAGAAAAGAAAGAAAGUACUAUUGGAUAACCUUGAGAUGGAGUUGUUAAAAUUGGAAAACAAGGUCAGGUUUAUCCUGGCUGUUGUAAAUGGAGAGAUCAUUGUGAGCAAUAGAAGGAGGGCUGAUUUAUUCCUUGAGCUCCAACAGAAAGGUUUCACUCCCUUUCCAAAGAAGACCAAGGCCCAAGAGCCAGAAGUUGCUGGGGCAAUUGAAGACACAGAAGAAACGGAAGAGAACUCUGAGUCUGCCAGUGGAAAUGGAGCACGUAUUAGUGAUUAUGAGUAUCUCAUAUCCAUGGCAAUUGGGACCUUAACCAUUGAGAGGGUUCAGGCCCUAUGUGCUGAUAGGGAUAAGGUCAACAACGAGGUUGCUGAGUUGAGAAAUUCAACACCAAGGUCACUGUGGUUGAAGGAUCUUGAUGCUCUUGAAAUGGAACUUGGUGAGCUGGAGAAAAGUGAGGCUCUGGCAGAGGAGGCAAAAAAGAAAUCACGAAACCAAGUGAAAAAUGCACCUGCUGCUAAGGUUUCUAAACCAGCACCUAAAAACCCACGCAAGAAUAAUAAGAAGGCCAACAAUGCAGAAGCUGCUGCUGAAAGCAGGGAAACAUCUUCCAGUUUUGUGUUUGAAAUGGAGAAAGCUCCUGAGAUAGUGAAACGGAAAGUUGGAGCAGUUGCAAAGAAAGCUCCUGCUGGCAAGAAGCAGCAGGCAAAAUCUGCUGUAGUUUUGAGUGAUGAUGAUGAUGAAGUGCUUGAGCUGAAAGACAGACUAGCUGCCUAUAAUCUUGAUUCAUCUCCCGAAAAUUCAGCAGGCAAGGAAACCGAAGUGCCACAAGAACCAGUCCAGAGAAAAGAACCUAGCAAAAGGGCCAUGCAAAUAGAUGAUGACGAGGAUUUUGAGGUAGAAAUAGCAGCUGCCCCAGCAGCAGGAAAGAAGGGAGGGAGAAAAGCAGCUGGAACUACAAAGGCAUCAAAACCCCCUGCAGCGGCAAAGAAGAGAGGCGCAGCUAACAAGCAAUCUCAAGCCUCAUCAUCAUCAGGCCAGAAGCUUUUAACUGACAUGUUAAAGCCUGCUGAAACUUCCGGGAUUUCACCGGAGCCGAAAGUAAGGAAGAUGAGGGCAUCCCCAUUCAACAAGAAAAGUGGUUCCGUGAUGGGGAGAGGUAGUUUGGAGGUUGAGAUGGUUGAAAGUGAAGAGAAGGUAGACACUCCAUCCACUGAAGAAAGAAGUGACGCUCCAGUGGCGGCAAGAGCUAGACCUCAGAGGGCAAACCGCAGGCAGACAAGGUAUGUGUUGAGUGACUCGGAGAGUGAGAAGGAGGUCAGUGAGGAUUCUGAUUUUGAUGCAAGUGAAGAGGACUAG